AUGGAUAUUGAACAUUAUGUAUUUAUAAAUAAGAAAGUUUUACAAUUUGUUGGGCUUUAUCCAACAAAUAAAGUGAGAAGUAUUUUUUGUGUAUUGUGUAUGUUGCUUAUCGGUAUACCACAAAUAAUACAAAUUUAUCAGGAUUUCAAUGAUUUAAAUAUAGUUUUAGAAGUCAGUUCAGUGUUACUUAUGAUAUUACUUGGUAUAUCAAAAGCAUUGGUAUGUACUAUAAAUAGUACUGAUGUGGAAAUUCUUAUUAAUUUUUUAUUAACUGAAUUUUGGGAAUAUGCAAUAAAUAAUACAUCUUAUAAUAACUUAGGAAAAUAUGCUAUGCAAGCUAAAAAUAUUACAAAGGGAUAUUUGUUUUUGAUAUUUAAUGCUUUACUAAUAUUUUUCACGUUGCCAUUGAUCGAUAUAUUUAUUUUGAAAUAUAAAGGAAUACUUAACAACGAUUCUAACAAUUUUCCUUUUAUGGCAUCAUAUCCUGACUCCUUUUAUGAAUUUCCUCUCUAUGAGAUUACUUACAUCUCUCAGGUAAUAGCAACUGUUAUUUGUGGUCUUCUUAUACUGGCAACAGAUACUUUGAUAGCUACAGCUGUAAUUCAUACUUGUGGUCAUUUUGUAACAUUGCAAAAUAAUCUAAAUAAUUUGAAUAAAAGUUGUAACAUGGUAUAUGCUAUAUUACCUUAUGCUGUAAAUUUUUCAAAAAUUCAGUAUAUACAAACAAGUCAUCAUUAUUUUAGAUUUUGCGAAUUAAUGGAGAACAAUUUUAGUUUAAUGUUGCUUUUGCAAACUAUAUCUAGUAGUUUAAUAAUCUGUCUAGUAGGUGUACAAGUCAGUAUUGGUGGCUUAACAGAUAGUACUAAAUCAAUGAAAUAUUUUUCUUAUUUAAUCAUGGCACUAUCUCAAUUACUAUUAUUUUGUUUCCCCGGAGAUCAGUUGAUUUAUGAGAGUUCUAUGGUUAGCAAAACUGUAUAUUCCAUAAAAUGGUAUCAGGUAUCUAUACCAAUAAAAUCGGAAAUAUGUAUGAUGAUAUUACGCAGUCAAAAACCAUGUUAUAUAACUGCUGGCAAAAUCUAUGUAAUGCAUUUAGAAAACUUUAAUGCGAUUUUGAACACUUCUCUCUCAUAUUUUAUGGUUCUUAAGAAUUUUAACACAUAGGAAAAUAAUGUAUAAAAACUCUG